CGCAGAACCCGAGGCGCCAAAUUUAGCGGGAGGGAGAGACAGCCCUAGCUUUGUCUGAUGGAUCUGUUUACAAUAUCGCACACUCCGUAGAGAGCUUAAUAUCGGCACUUCCUCCUCGAAGAGGAGCUGACAGCACUCCACUUCAGCACACUUGAGCCGAGCGCACUCACCAUCACUUCUCCAACUGUUACCCUCCUGUUGAGCAGCGGGAUGGCGAGGCGGCACAGACACAGUGUUUACAGUAGCGACGAAGAUGAUGAUGAUGUGGAGAUUUAUGAUCAUGACUACGAUGGUCCUCAUGCCAAGACAGGAAAACGCCACCUCGGCAAGACACGCUGGACCCGUGAGGAGGAUGAGAAGUUGAAGAGGCUGGUAGAGCAUCAUGGUUCUGAAGACUGGAAAGUCAUUGCCAGCUUUCUGCCUAAUCGCACAGAUGUUCAGUGUCAGCAUCGCUGGCAGAAAGUUCUCAACCCUGAACUUAUAAAAGGACCGUGGACUAAAGAAGAAGACCAACGGGUGAUCGAGUUGGUUCAGAAGUACGGCCCCAAACGUUGGUCUGUGAUUGCGAAGCACUUAAAGGGCCGGAUUGGGAAGCAAUGUAGAGAGCGCUGGCACAACCACUUGAACCCUGAGGUGAAGAAGACUUCCUGGACUGAGGAAGAAGAUCAGGUCAUCUACCAGGCGCAUGAGAAACUUGGAAACCGAUGGGCUGAGAUCGCCAAGCUACUUCCGGGCAGAACUGAUAAUGCCAUUAAGAACCACUGGAACUCCACGAUGCGGCGGAAAGUCGAGCAGGAUGGCUACCUGCAGCUAGCCGCUAAAGUCAGCCCCACUCCGCUAAAUAACAGCUACGUUAAAUCUCACCUCCUGAACUACAGUCAGACACCGACCAAUACAUCCAUGCCUGCCUCUUCCAUGAGCAAUCAGUAUCCGUACUACUCACUACUGUCUGACUCACAACGGGUGCCAUUUCCACUUGCUGUUCAGUUGAACAUCAUGAACAUUCCUCAACAUGGCACUGCUGCUAUCCAGAGACACUACAGCGAAGAGGACCCCGAGAAAGAAAAGAGGGUGAAGGAGAUUGAGAUGCUCUUGAUGUCAACAGAAAACGAGCUGAAGGGACAGCAGGCACUACCAAUCUCCAUGAGCGGCUACGGUGGGUGGAACAGAGGCUCUUUGACGGACAGCUCAGUUGGUGUGGUGGUUUCAGUCCUGGCUCCAUCCCUAGAGCAGGGAUGCCUUCCAGAAGAAAGCGCCCAUGGCAACACAACCAGCCCAAACAAUGAUGCCAGCUCCACUUUACCGGAGUUUAUUGACGCUAUUGAUUCGGCCCCGUCUAUCUGGGCCAACAUACACUCCGAUAGGAGGUUUCCUAAAAUGGAGGCUCAAUCCAAUCAGGGUUCACCCGCCCACAGCGAUGUCAGCAGUGCCCUCACAUUUCUUUUCUCUACGCCCAAACAUUCAGCCACCAGACACCUACCUUUUUCUCCCUCUCAGUUCUUUAAUGCAUCAGUGAGCCCAGACUCAGACAGUCAAAACUUACCUGUCACGUCCUCGCCUGUCUGCUCCCAGAAAGCACUGCAGAAAGACCUUGCUCUUCGGCCUCAGAAGGAAAAUGAGCUGUUCAGGACCCCAAACCUGAGGCGUUCCAUCAUGGAGUGCUCUCCUCGCACACCCACUCCAUUCAAAUCCACACUGACAAUGCAAGACACCAAAUACGGACCAUUGAAGAGGGCCCAUAGUCCUUCACUGGACUCUGGAGUGGUUGGUGCUAUUAAACAGGAGCCUCAGGAGUGUGAGAUCAGCGUUGGGGGGGUGCACCUGGACCAGCCCCCCCUAAAGAAGAUCAAACAGGAGGUGGAGUCAGCUUGUCUGCAGUGGGAGGGGCAAGAUCUCCACACCCAGCUGUUCUCUUCCAGUGGCUCCGCCCACGACAUGCCUGAUCUGUUGACUAGCUCUGUGCUGAUGCUUCCAAACGCAGAGAAAACUGAGGACGGACACAAAGCCCAGCUGCCCCACAGACCCAUGGGAAGCCCUAUGCAGCAGUUGAGCACAUGGGAACAGGUGCUUUGUGGGAAGACGGAAGAGCAAAUGAUGCCCUCCGAAACGCACAAAUACCUCAGCAAUUAUUCUUCGCGAGCACUGGUCAUGUAAAGAUACAGAUAGAAUGAGACCGAGACAAAUAUAGAAAAGGAAGAAGAGUGAAAGAAGACAAUCAUUCUGAAAAGAAGUAAAAGAGGAACACUCCUACACUUGUGGUACAUUAUUUGGGAGAGGCUAAAAGCCAUUUCGUAGACUGCACAGUCGAUGUUAGUCGCCAGUGUUUAAGCUGUGCCGUCAUUUGAUUCAAGCAACCAAAGACAUUUUUCAUGUUGUGUUUUUCUACCUUUUUUUAUUUCAAUUUAAUAAUAUUGUAUUAUAUAUUUUGUAUUAUAUAUGGGAAAUGAAUUCUCUAUGUGGGUUCUAAUUUUAUGGAUUUUAAUAUAAGGAACAAUUUGCAGUAAUUUAUUAUUAUUUUGUAUUAAGAAUAAUAAUUAGCUACGGUGGGCGCCUUUGCCAGUGUUUGACCCCAGUAUUGCUCACUUCUUAAUCGCUAAAUGUCUGUUAAUUGUAAGGAGUGUGUGUCCUCCUAGCAUUAUCAAAAUCAUAUACACCCAAAACUAGACAAGAUUUGUACUCUGUAUCUGUGGGUGUCCGACAGAACUGCCCUUGCAGAGAUCGUAUGUAUUUCAACCAAAUGCCUAACAGCACUGCUAUGUAUUCCUGGCCAAAACAAACCGUACCCAAUGCUUAAAAAUGACUUCGCCAAGUUUGAAAAUUCAAGUUUGCCUAAUGUAGAUUUUAGGUGAUAUAUCUAGUGUACAAAGGUACUCUGCCAGCUUAGUAGUGUUUCCAUUUCAAAAGUGCUCAAGAUCGAAACCACAAUGUCGAGCUUUCACUGUAUUAGCACUAUUUCAGGGUUUAGAUCAACUAUGCAGAGAUUUCAACAGAACAAAAAGUGUUUGUUUUUUUCCCCCCAGUUUUUGUAUUCGCUAAAUAGGAAAAACAAGGUUUACCAAGCAUUUUCAAAUCAAGGGUUUAAAUGGUCACAGAUUUGCCUUUGAGAUGAUAAAACAUUUCUUAAUCACGUUUUCAUAGACACUUUUUUAUGUCAGUUUGUAAUCAGAUUUACACUGGUAUUUCUAGUUUUUGAAACACUGAAAUGAUUGUUGCUUUUAUACCUAGUUGGCUUGUUUUUGAUAUUACAAUCAGCCUUUGAUACUAAGAUUGCAGUGUCCAAUCAAAAGCAUUUAGCAGUAACGUUUUUGUUAUUCGCUGCCUUUUUGUAUUAGCUUCAAGUACAAACACUUUUUUUUACACUGAUUAUGAACUUUUCAUACGUUUUUUUUAUACAAACUUUUAUAACUGCCUUGUAAAUAAAGUGUGUUUUGGAAAAAAUA